CUUUUUUGUUUUUCUGUCAGUUUUGUGUUGUGCGUAGUUGUGGUUGAGUUUCUGAUGGCUUGAUUAAUUUUGUUAUUAUUUUAUUUUACCAAUUCCGACAAAUAAUUUCGUUCCGAGCUUGACCAGAAAUGGCUCUAUUACCUCCAGACCCAGUUUAUACGAUCAGGAAUGUGGAUAACGUUCCUGUUUAUUCGUUGGCAUUUAGCUUUUUGCCUGGCGGUCUCGAGAGGUUACUGGCCGGCUCAAAAAACGGCUAUGUUUAUGCAUACAACCUUCAGACCAAUCGUGUGCAACAAAAGAUUCAAGUUGGUCAAGCUCCCAUUCUUCACCUCAUCCACACGAAUAACCACCUCAUCACUCAGGAGAAGGGCGGCAAGUUCAAAGUUUUUAGUUUAACAAACAGCGGUUACGAGGAAGACACUCUUAUCGACAAUGAUUACCCUGGUUUCUGCCGUUUUGACGCCAACACAAAACUCGAAACACUCUAUGUACCUGACAAGGAUUCAAAAAUACACAUAUACAACUUUUCCGGUGAAAAAGUAGGAAGUUUGGAGCCGGACGCAUCACUUAAGCUCGGAGACCCGAUGUGCUUAAAAUAUGUGGAGUUUCCUUGUGACCAGCCCUGCCUGCUGGCCGGCUACGAAGCAGGAUGGCUCCUCCUGUGGGAUCUCAACACUAGUCAAUGUAUCAGCAAACUGAAGACCGCAGAGUGUCCCAUGUCUGUUGAUUUCCACCUGGAGCAGCAACGAGGCAUGAUCGGCAAUGCCUCAAAUGUGAUACAGAUCUUUAGUAUAGGGAGAAAAGACUUAAGCUUGGCCCACAAAAUGGAUAUAACAAUUAAAAACCCAGGUAUAAAUAAAGUUCAGUCCCGGUCUGAUGGCAAGGUGUUUGCUUCAGGGGGCUGGGACAGCCAUAUCCGCAUCUUCUCUUGGUUCUCUCUUCGACCUCUGGUUGUGCUCACUGAGCACAAGCAAGCUAUUCAGGAUGUUGUCUACUCAACUGAGAAGGUCUCUUUCUGGAAUGCCAAGAUAAUGGCGGCUGGCGGACUUGAUGGUGCUAUUACACUCUGGGAUUUGUAUAACAACAAGCAGUAAAGCAUUUAACUUUUUAUAGUAGUUUUUAGAAUAUUCCCAAGCUCAGAUUGCGGUAAAGUCGAAAAUAUGUAUACUUACAACAGCAUUCUAGUCAAACUUAGAAUGUAUUGGCCAAAGUACUUUUUCGGGUGUUACUGCAUCUGGCCUGUUAAUCUUGCUGGUCUCGCAUGAGUACACUAUUAUAAAUAGGCUUAAAUGUAGUCAAAUAUAUACAGAGAUAUCUAAAUUUACUUUGCUUAUUUAGAAUAACGUUUAUAAAGGUCUACUCAUACAACAGUCCAGGAUGCGACAGGUUGGCUUGAGCGCGGCGAUACAGAUUCCUUGUUGACAAAUCGCUAAAGUUCCAAAUAUUCCGUGGCCACUUCUGCACAGAAGUAUCAGUGAAACAAUGCCAGUAUUGCCUUUAAUUGUUAUAUGACGCAUUUAAUGUGAAUCAUCCGAAGACGCUUUAAUUAUUUGAAGAUAUAAUUUUUUAUGAAUGCAAUAAUGUUAAUUAUAAUUAGAUCUCAAAAAUGUACAAAUUUCUGAAUAUAGAGGCGCGCAUUUCGCAUCAUGUGGCCUAGCUGUUAGUUAGUAAGAACAUGUCGUUAAAGUAUAGCAAUCAAUAUUUUCCAUUAUUGGUUUUUAGCGAUGAUUUUAAGUCAAGACAUUAAAAACGCAUGAAAUUUA